CCACUUACAUAGUUUAACAUCCCUCUUUGAAGAAAAAGUUCAGACGAAAAAAAAAUUUUUUGAUAACGAGAAUAUCCGAGAAUUAAUCAUGGCAUCAUUAACCGGACGAAUCUUUCUUGCAGCUGCACGUAGAAAUGUCGCUUACACUCCAGUCCGCUUUUGCAAAAUGAUGAGCGAUCCACUUGAUCAUGCAACUGGUCUUGAAAAACGUGAGUUACUUGCAAAAGCAGCUGGAAACGAAGAUCCAUUUGACAUGAAAGUAUUCCAACGUGGACCUGGCACAAAGGAACAACCAAACUUGAUCCCAUCUGCUUUUGAUGCUCGUCUUGUAGGAUGUAUAUGCGAAGAAGAACAGACCUUUGUUCAAUGGAUGUGGCUUUAUCAAGGAACACCAAAGCGAUGCGAAUGCGGUUAUUGGUUCAAAUUAGUUGAGAAAGCUCCAGUUUAAGUGAUUCAGAUUCUUGUUUAUCUGUUCCCACAGCGUCUGUUCACCACUUUCCAUAUUCACAGCUUAAUUAUAGUUUUCUUUUCGUGUUUAAAAAAAAUAAUCAAAUGAGGAAAGUGUUAAAAAACUUGUUCCCGAUCAGCCAGCUGAGGGAAAGAAUAAAAUUUGUGAAAGAUUAGUGAAAAAAAAGAAAGAA